AUGUUAUUGAAUUAAAAGAGUUUUGUAAUUUUAUAUAAACAAUCAAAAUACCCACAAAUAAUUAAAGGCUGAAUAAAUUAAGUAAACAUCACAUUAGCUGAUUAAUAAUUACAGUUUUUAAUAAUUUACACAUUCAUCACGAUACCGCGGAAGAAGUGAUUCAUCUCGGCAAUGCGUGGCAUUCUUUAUCUAGGAUGGCUCUUAUCCAGUUAUCUUAUAUUUGCCAUUGAUAAAGCAACGGCUAGGUGAUGAUACUCGGGGUACUCCGACGUCCGCGAUCGACUAAUUACGUUUUUUGUCUCGUCGCGUUUCCGGAACAGCGUCUUAUUUGUCGAUAAGAGUUGAAUUCGCGACGGAGAAUAUCUUCCGUGAGGAGACAAGGAGAUGGUCGCCAAGAGCUCUGGACCGCUGCUGGAGAAGCAGAUUGGCUGCGUCAAAUUCACGAUUUUCUGCUUGAACGCGAUAAUAUGGAUCCUGGGUUGUGCAAUGUUCGGGUUGUCGAUAUGGAUGAGGUUCGAGCCAAUGUUCGAGGAAUGGGUGGAAUUUUUGGACAUGUACGAGUUUUACAUCGGAAUUUAUGUUCUGAUUGUAACUUCGGUGAUCGUCAUGGCCGUUGCCUUUAUCGGCUGCGGUGCUGCACUUAUGGAGAACAUACUGGCUUUAUACAUCCACGUGGGCCUUCAACUAUUUAGUUUCAUUUGCGGUUUAUCUGGGGCGGCAAUAAUUCUUGACUACUCGACGUACGACAGCAAGAUUCAACCCAUCAUCGAACGGUCCAUGUAUAAUCUUAUCAACAACUCCCAACACGAUACAGCGAGCUUUAUCCUAAGAAUAAUCCAGGAAACUGUCGGAUGCUGUGGAGCUGACGGACCCAGGGAUUACACGCAGUUGCGUAAACCGUUGCCCACCGAAUGUCGGGACACUGUUACUGGAAAUGCUUUCCAUCACGGCUGUGUCGAGGAACUAUCCUGGUUCCUGGAAGCGAGAUCAGGAUGGCUCGCUGGUCUGGCAAUGGGGUUGUGCAUGCUUCACGUGAUUAUAGCUGUAUUGACGUUAACACUUAUUCGAGCGAUCAAAAAAGAAGAGGAGUCUAUCACAUUCAAGCGUUAGAAUCUAUUAGAUUCAGCGUUAAUUCAUUAUCUACGAUGCGACAGAAAAAUUAUUGUAAUUAUAUUUUUCAUAGGAAAAAAGAAAUGAAAAAUUGAGUAUAUUCUAUGUUGAAUUGCAAAUUUUUCAUUGAGCUUACAUCUAUUUCGGGAAUGACAUUUAUCUAAAAUAUAGAAUAUAUACACGUAGUUUUUAAUGUGUCUUAAAUUUUUUAAUUUUUAAAGCUUUCAAUUUUUUAAGAUGAAAAAAUUUCUUUCUAGUUUUUUUUAAAAUAAUUUUUUUUGAUUUAAAAAUUUGUCUUCUUAAAAUAAACAUCACAUAUAUAAUAUUCAUGUCACUAUGGACUUUUUAAUUGUCACUAAUUUGCGACAAAAUUUCAUCUAUUUCGCUUGAAUAUCACGUUUUGUACCUAUAAUCAUUCAUUUAAUCUUCUUUUUUUAUAAUUUUGUAUACAUCUUUUGUAUUUACAAAAUAUACAUCUAUAAUUUA